UGUUGGCUGCGUGCACGCCGGUUGGGACCCUCGGGCGCCGCACGUGGAGAAUUGAACACUCGGUGCUUUGGUCUGUGUCCCCGCCAGCAUUCCUCUGCCCGCGCCCGGGCCUUCCGCCACGAGUGCGAGAUCCUGAAGGAGAGCAAAGGGCAAGGACCUUCUUCUAGUAACUUCCCCCUGUCAGCCGGGAGUACAGCUUGCCCUCAGAAGGUGUUUCUACAAGCUUAGGAAGCAAUGGUUCAUGAACUUGAACCAAUCAGUAAGACUGCUUCUGAACCUGAAUACCCCUGAAGGAUGCUAAAGGGGUACCUGACGGUCACAAGAUAAAACAUGGUCCAUCGUCCUACAAUGUCAGUUGUCCUUGAUACCUCCUUGAAGUCACAUGUGCACCGGCGUGGGCUCAUAGAACUGGCAGAGACCAUAGACUGUGUCGGCCCCCGCAGCCCGCUGGCUUAUGUGAGCUAUGGCUGCUAUUGUGGCCUGGGUGGCCAUGGCCACCCUCUGGAUGCCAUUGACUGGUGCUGUCAUCAUCACGACUGCUGCUACCAACAUGCCCAUGAGGAGGCUGGCUGCAAGACCAAGGUGGAGCCCUACUCCUGGAAGUGUGUCAAUCAGAGCAUCGUAUGUGGCGCAUCUGAAAGAGACUUGGAGAAAGAAGGUGGCGACAUGCAGGUGGAGCCAACCCUGACUGAGUGCAUGGACAGUGCCAGGUCUCUCCCUGUGGGCACCUUCCAUAGGCGUCCCAGUAACCCUGCAAAGUGGAUAAUGUCCCAUUUUUAAAUGAGGGCUUGGCUCAUUUAGGCAAGAUCACACGGCUAGGAAAUAGGCGAGCAGGCAUUUGCAAGAAAAAACGGCCUGGAUGGUUCCCAGGCACCUACUGCUUAUCUAAACGGAUCCUCCAACAUGGUGGUGUAAUAUUGAUGCAAAAGCAAAGCCGAAAGGUCAAUUAGGCUGUGGACUCUUCAUCCGAAAACACUUCCUUGGCAACUUCGAUUUCCUUUUUUGCACAAUGGGGAUCCCAUCACCUCCCUCCUGGAGGGCCCGUGAAGAUGGAGAGCAUGUGGGUCACCUGUCAAGCAUCACGUGGUCACCUGUCAAGCGUCACGUGCAGUUCAUGGUCCUUUUUGUCAACAGCAUUACUGGGUUCCCUCCUGUUUACCCUCAAGUCUCUGCAAGUCUGCGCUCUAACCACAGUUUCCCCAUUUCUUCCAGGACCAGCAGAGGACAAAUGUCAAGAACUCUUGUGCAGGUGUGACCAGGAGAUUGCUUACUGCUUAGCCCAAACGGAGUAUAAUUUAAAGUACCU